AUGGACUAUUAUCAGAACGAAGGGGCGGUGGUGCCCUACGGAAGUGAAGAUUACAACGGGGGCGAUGACAGGGCUCUGCCCCCACCGCCGCCCGACAUGGGGGACGGUGGCGAUUCCGGCUAUGGUGGAGGAUACGGCAAUUACGACUAUGGCAAUGGAUACGAUCAACAGGCGUACGAUUACAGCCAGCAGGGCUACGAUAAUGGAGCCUCGGCCUACACCAAUUACGAUGCAUCCGGCCAGUACGACACAACUGCCUAUGGAGGCGGAGAGCAACACUACGACAGCUCUGCGUACUACCAGCAGCAGCCAACGGAUGCUACUACUCAGUCGGCCGCAUCUUCAUCGAGUGCCGCCCCCGCUGCGCCGAGUGGACCCCAAUUGAAGAGGUGGGAGGUGGCCUGGACUCUCAAGGAGCUGCGAGAUGAGAACAACUGGACUCUCGCCGCCGAUGCUGGCCUGUUCAACUACCUCAAGCAAUUUUCGAGCAACCUGGUGGCCAAAACGAAGGAGGUGGAGGGCGCUGUGGACACUCUGGUCACCGCCACCAAGGCUGCCGACGUCAAGCUGCACAACACCUUCAACGAGUUCCUCCUGCUCGCCAACUCGCAGUACAUCGAGAACCGUGUGUACGACGCCGAGGAGGAAAUGCACGCGGCUGCCGAAGAGCCGAAGCCGGCGGACACCAAGAAGAUGGAGGAAAUGACCAGCGAGGAGAUCGAACAGAUUCUCUACCCCAAGUAUUUGGACGCCAUCGGCAACGGUCUUCAAGCGCUGAAGCUGUCGGCGCUGGCCAACCCGCCGAAGCCCCCGAUGCCGGCUUCGAUGACCGAGGAGGGUGGCGAGGGUGCCGCGCCGGCUCCCGAGGCGGACGCGCAGGCCGACAAGACGCCGGACCCCUACGCCAAGUACCCGCUGCCCUACGUCAUCGGCACCGUCGAGUUCCACGAGGACGACUUCUGCGGCCUCUUCCUCUCAUCCGAAGAUGAGCUGAGCGAGGAGGACUUGACCGAGGACGAGGGCGAUCAGACGGAGGAGGGACUCACCGACGAAGAGGGCGGCGAGGGCUCCGCCGGCGAGAGCGAUGGUGGCGACUACGACACGACGGGCACCGACAAGGGCAAGGAGCGGGUCGACGGCGAAGGCGGCCAGGAGGACAACGAGAACGAAGACGAAGAGGAGGAGAGCGAAAGCGAAAGCGAGAGUGAGAGCGAGGACAAGGGCAUCUUCAGCGAGAGCUCCGAGGAAAGCUCCGGCGGCGGUCUGUUCUCGGACGAGGAGGAGAAGGAAGAGCGCAGGCAGCGCCGCGAGGCGCGCAGGGCCGCCCGUGAGCAGCAGCGCCAGGAGCGGAUCCAACAGAAGGCGGCCAGGCGGGCCGCUCGGAAGAACAAGAAGGCGGCGGCGCCCGCCGCACCUCCUGCCGAUGCCGGCGCGGAGGAGGAGGAAGACGACGGUUUGACCGAGGAGGAGCGCAAGAAGAAGCAGCUGCAGCAGAAACUGGCGGCCGCGAUCCAGCGUAACGCCAAGGGCGAGCUGCCCGAGAGCCUCGAAGGCAAGCGGAAGAAGCGACUGGGUCCCAACGACGAGACGGAGACCGAGCGGGAGGAGGACGAGGAGAGCGAGGAGUUUGUGCCGCCGAAAAAGCAGCAGCAGCAGCAGCCCAAGGACACCAAGUCGACCAAGAUCAAGCCCGACGACCUGUUCGCGUCGUUCCUGGACAAGAGCGACGACGAGGAGGAGAAGGACAUCUUCGCCGACUUUGGCGACGACAUGGGCGGCGAUACCAAGAAGGCCCCCACGAAGAAGGCCGCCGAGAAGAAGUCCGCCGCCAAGGCCGAAGCAACGAAGAAGUCCAGCGGCGGCGGCGGACUCUUUGAGGACAUUCUCGCCGGCGGUGGCGAUGAUGAGGAGGAAGAUCAAGGCAUGUUCGGCGGUGGGUCGACGAAGAAGGCGGCCGCCAAGGACAAGAAGUCGGCGGCCGCGGUGCCGUCGUUCCUCGGCGACGAAGGCGGUGACGAAGGGCUGUUUGGUGGCGGCGGCGCUGACGAGGCCCCCAAGGCGGCUCCUACGAAGAAGGCGGCGCCCGCGGCCAAGAAGUCGGCCGGCGGCCUGUUUGGCGCCAGCGAGGACGAGGCCGAAGGAGCCGACCUGUUCAGCGGCGGUGGCGCUCCCGCUUCCACGAAGAAGGCGCCGGCCGCGGCCAAGAAGUCGGCCCCCGCCGCCGGUGGCGGUCUCUUUGGCGGUGGCGACGACGAGGAGGGUGAGGGCAUGUUCGGCGGUGCUCCCGCGCCGGCGAAGAAGAAGGCGGAGACCAAGGCCGCUGCCCCCAAGUCCUCCGGCGGACUCUUUGGCGCGAGCGACGACGAGGGCGGCUUCGGUGCCGCUGAGCCCGCCCCUGCCAAGAAGGCCCCGGCCUCCGCCAAGAAGCCAGCGACGGGCGGCGGUGGUCUGUUCGGCGAUCUCGGCGGCGACGAUGAGGCCGGCGACGCCGGUGGUCUCUUUGGCGGCGUAGCGGUGCUGCCCACGUCCGGCGGCGCCAAGAAGGCCGCGCCCGCGCAAAAGAAGUCCACGGCGUCGUCCUCGGGCUCGUCGCUCUUCGGUGGUGACGACGAGGAGGGCGACUCCAUCUUCGGUGGCGCGCCCGCCCCUGCCGCGGCCAAGAAGACCCAAGCGCCGCCGCCCAAGGCCGCCGCGCCGGCCAAGGACACUCUGCUGGGCGACGAUGAGGAGGCGGUCGCUGACAACGGCGGUGGCAAGCAGGCGUCGAGCAAGCCCUUCGGCGGUGUCAAGAUGUUCCCCGACAUGGCCAACGCCGCUGCCGCCAAGGCCAAGGACAUCAAGAAGGCGCCGGCCGCUGCUACUGCUGCUGCUGCCCCCGCCGCGACGAAGAAGCAGGCGGCGCCCGCGGCCUCGCCGCUGGGCGGCGGUGACGAGGAGAAAUCCGGUGGCGGUCUCUUUGGCGGAGUCGCGGUGCUGCCCACGUCCGGAGCGCCCAAGAAGGCCUCGGCGCCCGCACUUGCGCAGGCCAAGAAGAGCGGAGGUGGCGGCCUGUUUGGCAGCGAGGACGAGGGUCUCUCCGACGGCGAUGACGCCAACGCCCUGUUCGGUGGCGGCGGCGUGACGGCGGCCAAGAAGAAGUCUGCCGAGCCGGCCAAGAAGGCGGAGGAACCGGCGGCUGCCAAGAAGGAGCCGGCCGCCAUUAAGAAGCUGAUCGGUGGUGGAGGCGGACUUUUCGGUGACGACGAGGAAGGCGCCAGCGGUGCCGGUGGUCUGUUCGGAAGUCUUGGUGGAUUCCCCGCUUCUGACGAACCAGCCGUGGAGAAGCCCAAGGCCGAGGCGCCCAAGAAGAAGCCCGCCGCGGGAGGUGGCCUCUUUGGCGAUGAGCCCGCCGGCCUGUUCGGCGAGGCGUCGGCGCCCGCAGCCUCCAAGAAGACUACGGCUGCGCCCAAGGCGUCCGGCUCGCUCUUCGGCGACGUGGGCGGGGAUGACGACAACGGCCUCUUCGGUGCUGCGCCCAAGGCUGCGCCCAAGAAGCCCGCCGCAGCGCCCGCCAAGAAGGAGGUCGCGGCUGCCGCUGCGGCCGUCGUUGCCGAGGACCCGCUCGGCGGACUCCUCUCGUCCCCGGGCACGGCCAAGAAGGCGCCCGCUAAGGCGGCCGAGCCCCUCGCCGGCGGCCUCUUUGGUGAGGCGGCAGAUCCGAAGCCCGCCGCUGCUGCCGAGAAGAAGGCCCCGGCGGCGGUCGAUCUGUUUGCCGACCCCGCUGCGGCGCCGGCGCCCGCACCUGCGGCCAAGAAAACUGCUGGUGCUGCGGCCGCCGCUAAGAAGGCCGGACCUGCGGCCACCAAGGCGACGGCGGCGACUGCCAAGAAGACCACCGCGGCCGCCAAGGCUGCUGCGCCCGCCGCCAAGAAGACCACUGCCGCUGCUGCGGCCAAGACCGCCGCUGCCCCGGCUGCGAAGAAGACCACCACUGCCGCUGCCGCUGCGAAGAAGGCGGCUCCCGCUGCUGCCGCCAGCGCCGCGGAUGAUCUGUUCGCCAACGUGCCCGCGACUGCGGCUGCCAAGUCCACCGCCGCAGCCACCAAGAAGGCACCCGCGGCCAAGGCCGCGCCAGCUGCGAAGAAGGCCGCUGGUGCUGCGGCGGCUGCUGGGGACGACAUCUUCGCUGACGUUCCCGCCACCAAGUCCGCUACGGGUGCCGCCAAGGCCGCGCCGGCCAAGAAGGCCACCGCCGUGCGGAAGACCACGGCCACCACCGCCGCGGCCGAUGACAUCUUUGGCGACCUCGGCGUUGGCGCGGCGUCGCCCGCUGCGGCCAAGAAGGCGGCCACGCCCGUGAAGAAGGCCCCCGCCGAGCCCGCUGCGGCGCCCAAGAAGGACGCAGACCUCGGCGACUCCCUCUUCGGCGACGUUCCCGCCACCGCCGCAGCCAAGAAGGCCACCACCGCCAGCAGCGCGCCGGCCAAGAAGGCCACCCAGCCCGCGGCGGCGACGGCCGAUCUCUUUGGCGAGGACCCGCUCGCCGGCCCCGCGCCGGCCAAGAAGAAGGAGGCCGCCUCGGGCGGGCUGUUCGACAACCCGCUCGGACCCUCUGCUGUCGCUGCCGCGCCGGUCACGGCCGCCCCGAUCGCCGGGCGCACGACCGAGGUGGUGCCCCUGCCCACUCUCAGCGUUUCCGAGAAGAUGAAGCUGCUCGCCGAGCAGUCCGCCAAGGAGCAGGCGCCCAAGGAGGUCGAGGAGGUGGUCAACCGACCGCGGCGAGGGACUGCCGGCGGCAAGGUGGCCGCGCUCCAGGACUCGAUCGGCAGCGCGAUCAACCCGCUGGCCCUGCGACCGGGCGCACGCCGACCGGCCAAGGAGGCCGCCGCCGAGGAGGUGAGCGGCAGCGGCCCGCUCGACGUCGACGACCUGCCAGACUUUGGCGACAACGACGACGAGGGUGAGGCCGACACGGCCGCCGUGCCUCCGCCGUCGUUCGCCGCUGCAGCGGUGUCCAGGCCUCGAUCGGCGGCCGCCGCGCCCAUGCCUGCCGUGGUGACGGAGGACGAGAGCCAGGUCAAGAAGGGGCCGGCGCUGUCGCACGCGGUCAAGUCGCGCCCCAUGAACUCCAACAAGCGGCUGCCGUCGCGCACUAUGCGUUCUCGCGGCACCACCGCGGCCAGCGAGUCCGCCAAGCCCCGCGCCGGCACUGACGCCACCUCGGUGUUCGGUGCGCUGGACCUGAGCCAGCCCAAGAAGUCCUCUACGGAGGAGCGACCAGCGGUCUCGCCCGUCAAGAAGCCCGCCGCUGCCGCCCCUGCGCCCGCGCCGGCAGUGGUCAACACCGACGACCUCCUCUCGUCGCUCUCCUCGUCGUCCGUGCUCGACGGCGACUUCAAGAUGCCCUCCUUUUCGUCCACCUCCACCUCCACCUCCACGUCGUCGUCGUCGAUCUUUGGCGGAGACAACGACAUGUUCGGCUCGGCCAACGGCAGCACCUCGGCCGCCGCCGCCGGCAGCAGGCCCAGAGCCGCGGCCAAGAUCGGUCUCUUUGACGACCCCACGCCGUCGUCGUCAUCUUCUUCGUCGGCUGCUCCUGCCAAGACGAUGGCGUCGUCGUCGGGUGGCGGCGGAGGCGACGACUCGUUCGACAUCUUCAGCAACCCGUUGAUGGGCAAGAAGGAGAAGGAGGAGCGGGAGAAGAAGAGGCGCGAGGAGGAGGAGCGACAGGCCAAGGCGGCCGCCCCGCCGCCCGACAUCUUCGCCGACCCGCUCGCCAAGGGCUCGUCUUCCUUCUUCUAG